AUGGGAACUCUCCUCUUAGUUGCGGGAGCUAUUCGGACUAGUUUGGAGAAAGUUUGGGCGGUUCGGAUUUUGACGGUGAAAAAGGCCGAUAAUGGGAUGGACCAGGGGAAUUCAAGGCUUUCAAAAAGAGGGGAAGAGGGAAAAAUUAGAAGAAUAAGCACUACCUCUUGGUUGAAGAUGUUCCCUCCUCGCCUUGGGGUAAAAGGGUCGCUUGGCGCUGCGUACUACUUGAACCGUACGUGGUCAGCAGUGGCUGCCAGCAAUUGGACAGGAAUUGAAGCCAUCCCAACAGGAUCAGCCACUAAAGACGACCAUUUUCUCCGUGGCUCAAACAUAGGUCCAGCUGCUCCUCAUUCCGUGGGUUACAGUUCUGCCACAUUUUUAGGAGGCGGCCGAAGAAUGCGAUUUAGCGCAUCGGAUAGCUCUGCUGGAGUCGAGAAGAAGGAAUCUGCUUCUCUUUCCCUUUUGUCGGCCGGAUCAGAGCCACGUUUGACAGUUCCCCGGCCAUCGCAGGGAAUUAUUGGUCCUAAUGGCGCCUGGUGUCCACCCUUCCACCCAUGUCCGGGUAUCGAUAUUGCAGCUUAUCAACCGGUCGCUUCCAUCGAGCCCUGGCUCAUAAUACGUAUACGAUAUUGUCUGGCAAAUCACGCCAAUGGGGACUUUGUGGUGCGUACCUAUGUCGGUCAUCCAUGA